AUGGGGCAGCUCGAGGCGUGGGGGGUGCGGCGGGAGUCGGCCGUGCGGUGCCUCGCGAGCGCCAUCGUCGCGCUCGCCGCUCUGAGCUCCAACGCGCCGCCGGCCCAGAAACGGGCCAUCGUCGCGGCGCGGCGGCGACAGUCGUCCCACCCAUCACCGGCAGCGUUGACGAAUGAGAUCCCCAUGGCCGUGGCCGUGGAGGUCGUGCCCCUCCGGGCGGCCCCCGCCGCGCCGCCGGCGCCGCCGGCGCCGCCGCCCGCGCCGCCCGCGCGGUCCGUGUCGCUCGGCGCCGACGGCUGCGAGCGCCUCGUCGCCGCGCUCCGGGACCAGCUGUCCGCCGGCGGCGGCGACGUGGCGAUUUUAGGCGACGGCGGCGCGCUUUUCCCCGCCCACGGGGCGCUCCUGCGGGCGUCGAGCCCCGUGCUCGCGGCCAUGCUCGACGACGUCGCGGACGACGGCGAGACCGACAUUCCCGAGCUGCGCGUGGGCGGCGCGAGCGAGCCCGUGCUGCGCGCCGUCCUGGACUACGCCUACGGCGGCGUCGUGCGCCUCACGGAGGAGAACGUGGAGCCGCUCCUGGAGCUCGCGAGCCGGCUCCGGAUGACGGCGCUCGUCGAGGAGUGCUGCUCGUUCGUCGCGCAGCGGACGCGCCCCUGCCGGGCCUGCCGGGUCCUGGCCGUCGCGGACCGCCACAAGUGCCGGCUCCUCCGGCGCGACGUGCUGCUCUGCGUGCUGCGCCACUUCGACGAGGCCGCGGGGCUCGCCGUCGACCCGGCCGUCGCCGUCGUCGCCGCGGGCGGCCGCGCGACGAAGAAGACCAUGGCCGAGGGGUCGCGGGCGGCGUGCGGCGCCGGCGACCGCGCCGAGGCCGCCGCGGGCUUCGGCGAUCUGCCCCUGCACCUCCUGGAGGAGGUCCUGGCCGACGACCGUCUGGACGCGCGCGACGAGUCGGUCGUCUUCGCGGCCGCGGUGGCCUGGCUCGACGCGCCGGGCCGCGAGGCGCAGCGCGAGGCCCACGCCGACGCCGUGCUGCGCCACGUGCGCUUCCCGCUGAUCGAUCCCGAAUUCCUCGCGGACUGCGUCGAGCCGCACGCGCGGAUGCAGUCGCCCGCGGGCACGAAGCUCGUCCACGACGCCUACCGCAACCUCUGCCUGCCGCCGGAGCGGCGCAAGGUCGCGCCCCGCGCCGCGGCGCGCCACGUGCCCUGCUCCGAGACCCACCGGCCGCCGUCGCGGCCGCCGUCGCCGGAGCCCGCGCCGGCGGCGCGGGCCCCGUCCGUCGACAGCGGCAACCCGCGCACGAUGAUGCUCAACGCCCUCAAGUCCGUCCUCCCCAAGGGCCGCAGUGCCGCGACGACGCGUUCCGUGUCGGGCCUCCUCGAGGGCUACGGCGACCACGUCUUCAAGGGGGCCGUCGCCGAGUCCUACCUCAGCAAGCAGGGCCUCGCCGCCGGCACGCUCGACAACAGCGAGUGGACCAAGGACGCCGCCGCCGCGGACAAGGUCGCGGCGGCGGUGCUCGAGUGGGCGACGGAGAACGACGCGACGUCGUUCUGCCACGUCUUCCAGCCCCUGGGCGCGUCCGGCGUGCGCCACGGCCUCGUGGGCCAGGUGCAGAACGCCUUCUUCAAGUUCGAUGCCGCGGGCAAGCCCGUCUGGGACCUCAAGGGCAAGGACAUCCUCGCGGGCGAGACGGACGGGUCGAGCUACCCGAACGGCGGCCUCCGCGGCACGCACUGCGCGGGCGGCUACGUGUCCGUGGACCCGACGAGCCCCAUCUUCCUCCGCGGCGACUGCAUCUUCAUCCCCUCGACGCUCUGCUCCUACUACGGCGACGCGCUCGACGAGAAGACGCCGCUGCUCCGGUCCGUCGACGCGCUCAACUCCGAGGGCACGCGCCUGUUGUCCAAGCUCGGCUUCGACGUCGGCGGCCUCCAGUCGAACAUCGGCCUCGAGCAGGAGAUCUUCCUCAUCCCGCGCGACCAGUACGUGCAGCGCCUCGACCUCAUGAUGACGGGCCGGACGAUCAUGGGCGCGGACGCGCCCCGCGGCCAGGAGAUGUGCGACCACUACAUGGCGUCGCCGUCGUCGGCGACGGCGGCGCUGGCCUGCAUGCAGGAGAUCCAGGCCCAGUGCUUCCGCCUCGGCAUCCCCCUGGUCACGCGCCACCGCGAGGUCGCGCCGAACCAGUACGAGUUCGCGCCGCAGUUCGGGACGGCGACGACGCAGAUCGACCAGAACGUGACGCUCAUGCAGAUCAUCGAGGAGGUCGCGCCCCAGUACGGCCUGGCGGCGCUCCUCCAGGAGAAGCCCUUCAACAACGUCAACGGCUCGGGAAAGCACAACAACUGGUCCAUCGGCACCUCCGAGGGCGUGAACCUGCUCAACGUCGGCCAGGUCACGGACAAGUCGGGCUCGCCCGACGUCUUCCCGACGAUCAUGGCGGCCAUCGUCGGCGCCGUCGACGACCACGGCGACCUCCUCCGCAUGGCCAUCGCGUCGCCGGGCAACGACUUCCGCCUCGGCGCGUGCGAGGCGCCGCCGGCGAUCGUGUCGACGUACCUCGGCGAGGACAUGACGAGCUACCUCGAGGCCUACGCGGCCGGCGGCGAGGCCGAGUACAAGCCCGGCACCAAGGCCCUCGACAUGGGCGUCGCCGCCAUGAAGAAGCUCGACAUCCCCGCCCAGGACCGCAACCGCACGUCGCCGUUCCCCUACGGCGGCCACCGCUUCGAGUUCCGCGCCGUCGGCUCCGCGCAGAACGUGUCGCUCGUCAACACGGUGCUCAACACCAUCACGGCGGCGGCCUUCAAGAAGGUCGCGGACCGCAUGGACGCCGGCGAGUCCGCCCGCGACGUCGCCACGGAGCUCAUCAAGACGCACGUGCCCAAGGUCGUCUUCAACGGCGACAACUACGACGAGGCGAACCAGGACAUGCUCACGAAGCGCGGCGUCUGGCGCAUCGACUCCGGCGUCGAGGCCAUCUGCCGCUACAGCGCGCCGAAGAACACGGCCCUCUUCGAGGAGAUGGGCGUGCUCCGCGCGGAGGAGUGCGCCGCGCGCCAGCAGAUCCUGCUGGACCACUACGUCGGCGUCGUCGACAUGGAGGCCAAGUGCAUGAUCGACAUGAUCAACAAGCACGUGAUUCCGUCGGUCAAGGCCGCGGGCCUCGGCCCGCUGUCCGACCUCGAGGCCGCCGUCGGCACGCUCGAGGCCGCCGUCCACGCCAUCGAGGAGUCCGAGGGCGAGGCGCAGGCGACGCUCGCGCGCGACCUCCGCCUCGAGACCAUGGAGGCCAUCCGCGCGCACUGCGACGCCGCCGAGAAGGUCUGCCCCGCGAGCCUCUGGACCCUCCCGACCUACGUCGACCUCAUGUUCCUCGACCAGACCUCCAACUUCUCCUACGAGGACUAGGCGACGCGCCGGGCGGGUCCGGCGAGCGACGCCGGCCCUCACAAGAAGAACCAACCGAACGCGGCCGCGCCGCCUCGCCGCGAGCGGCGGCCUGCCUGUUCCCCCCCCCACCCCCCUGUUCGGCGGCACGCCCAUAUAAAGCAGUAGCGCCCACGCGCGCGGGCGCGUCGUCGCGCCUAGGGCG